UCCUCGGCGCCGCCCUCCAGGACCCCAAAGCGCCAACCUCUCCCGCUCGGCGCCCUGAUGGCCGCCCUGCCCUCCAACGUCGACGCCUUCCUAACCCGUCUCGACAAGUGCCUCUCCACCCCGUCCGGCAUCGACACAGUGAUGCUCUUCCUCUGCUACACCUCUAAGCUCGGCGCCUCGGUCCUCUCGUCCCUCUCGCAGUCCGCCCUGCGGCGCUCGGCCCGCGAGUGGAUCGCUCUCGUGGGCUCGCUCCCCCGCGGCACCACCGUCGUCUUCUCCUCCCCGGCCGCCGCCACCGCCGCCACGGGCGGCAAGACGGCCCUCCCGGCGGCCGCCGCCCUGGCGCUCGUCCUCUCUAAGCGGCUCUCCGCCCUCUCCUCCCUCCUCAGCGAAGCCCGCAUGAUUCUGCGCCUCUGGGCGCUGCUGGGCAUGUACUUUUGGGCGCGCCGCCUCGUCCGCGCCACCUUUUCCUCCUCCUCCUCCAACUCCUCCAAGCAACCCAGCGAAAAGGAACUCCCCCCCCCUCCAGCACCGGGCAAACUCGGCACCCUCCUCGAGUACGUCCGCCUGGCGCUCUGCGUAAUCUUCCAAUCCCUGGAAAACGGCGCCUACCUCUCCUCGCGCGGGGUCCUGUCGUGGACGCCGGCGCAGCAGGGCAAGGCGUACAAGUGGAGCGCGCGGUUCUGGGCCGCCUACGUGGGUAUCGAGCUGGGCCGACUGGCGGCGGCGCGGUUCGGGCCCGAGUUCCGGGCCAGGACGGCGCGGGAGAAGAGCCAGUGGGCCAAGAACGCGGCGCGGCAGCUCGCUUGGGCGCCGCUGACGCUGCAUUGGGGCAGCGACAAGGGCCUGGUCAGCGAGACAACGGUCGGGUUGCUGGCGAGUAUUCCGGGGGUUAUUCAAAUGAGGGAUCUGUGGGCAUCUACGGCUUGA